AUAAAAAAAUAUUAAAAAAAUCUAAAUGGGAAACCAACAAGGACAGGGCGCAUUUGGUAAUUUACCAAACUAAAAAGAUAAAAAAGAUUAAAAAAAGAAAGAUUAAAUGCCAAAAGAGAAGAAAGUAAUCCCAGCACGUAUCGGUCGUAAAAAAAAGAAUAAAGGAGUCGACACAGCUGUAAAAUUACCAACAGUCACUCCAGUAACUAAAUGCCGUCUUAGACAAUUAAAAUUAGACCGUAUAAAAGAUUAUUUAUUAAUGGAAUAAGAAUUUAUAUAGAAUCACGAAAAACAAAAACCCGAAAUAAGCGACAUUGAAGAUGACGAGCAUGAAACCGAAGAAAGAAAAAAAAUAGAACAACUUAGAGGAUCUCCAAUGUUAAUAGGAAACCUAGAGGAAUUUAUAGACGAAGAUCAUGCCAUAGUAUCAUCCAUAGGUCCCGAAUAUUACGUAAAUAUUUUAUCUUUUGUUGACAAAGAUUAACUAGAACCCGGAUCUACAGUAUUAUUAAACCAUCGUAGUAUGAGUGUAGUAGGUAUAAUGUAAGAUGAAGUAGACCCUAUGUUAAAUGUUAUGAAAGUAGAAAAAGCUCCUUUAGAAAGUUAUGCUGAUAUAGGUGGUUUAGAGGUUCAAAUCACUGAAAUAAAAGAGGCAGUCGAACUCCCUUUAACCCAUCCUGAAAUUUACGAAGAUAUGGGUAUAAAACCUCCUAAAGGAGUUAUCCUAUAUGGACCUCCAGGUACAGGAAAAACACUUUUAGCCAAAGCUGUUGCAAAUGAAACUUCGGCUACUUUCCUUAGAAUUGUUGGUUCGGAAUUAAUUUAAAAAUAUGCUGGUGAAGGCCCUAAAUUAGUAAGGGAAUUAUUUAGAGUAGCCGAAGAACAUGCUCCUACAAUUGUUUUUAUUGAUGAAAUAGAUGCCGUAGGUUCUAAAAGAUAUAACACAUCAAGUGGAGGAGAAAAAGAAAUUUAAAGAACAAUGCUUGAAUUGUUGAAUUAAUUAGACGGAUUUGAUUCUAGAUCAGAUGUAAAAGUUAUCUUAGCUACCAAUAAAAUAGAGUCUCUAGAUCCUGCCCUUAUUAGACCAGGUAGAAUUGACAGAAAAAUAGAAUUCCCAGUACCUGAUAUGAAAACAAAGAAAAAAAUCUUCCAAAUUCAUACAACGAAAAUGAACAUUACAGAAAAUGUAGUCUUCGAUAGUUUCGUGCAUGCAAAAGAUGAUUUAAAUGGGGCAGAUAUUAAGGCUAUGUGUACUGAAGCUGGACUCUUGGCUUUAAGAGAAAGAAGAAUGAAAGUCACUUUGGAGGACUUCGAAAAAGCUAAAGAUAAAGUCCUUUAACUUAAGAAAGGGGAUGUACCAGAAGGAUUAUAUAUUUGAUUUUUUUGUUUUGUUUUGUUUCAUUAUUUUGUUUUAGUUUUUUUUUUUUUUUUCAUUUUUU